AUGGCAGUUUUGGUGAAAACCCUUUGCUGUGGCCGCAACCUUCGUAAAGGUGUUAUGAUUCACGCAAUCUUGGGCCUGGUAAGUUCCAGCAGUUAUUAGUCGUAUAACCAUCUGAAAUAUCCUUUUACUUUUCAUGCUUUAUUAAUGGUAGUACCUGAUUUAAAUUACGAACUCUAAGUUUCGGAAAAAGUAUACUUAGAGCAAAGAUUAACAACGCGAAAUUUUGUUACGUGGUGUUGAAUAAUUACACUAUUUUCUGUGGUCAAUAAGGAGUAUAUUGUUACCAGAAAAAUGCCGUUAAAAAAUUUUUAUCAACGUCCACGCAGAGACAUAUGCGCAUUCUGAAGUUUCAGAACGACUGAGCAACUCAGAGCAAACUUCAUAACUUUUUUACGGUCAAAAAUGAGCAUUUUAGAAGAAAUCGUUUCAAGGUAAAAUUAAAUGUUGCAGCCGCAACUAAUACUUUGAAGUAAAGAAAUGAUCCUCUCUGGUGACCUGCUGAUAAAGAAAUCGCAGACUGAGAAAAGAAGCCGGAAAAACUUUAGGCUUUAACAGCAUUCGAAGGUGUAGCUCUCAAAUACUAGUCAUUCGCUGCCAUCAACUAAGCUACAAAACUUCAUGAAUGGAGCGAGGCAAAUCCUAUCGGGUUCUUCAUUCCUUUUAAGGAAUCUGAUUUUCAAAUAGGAAACAUAUUUUGAGCUUGGGAUGAUAUUGAAGUAAGACUCGGUCAGUGUAGAUGAGCUGUAACUAAAGAAACUGAAGUACGGAAUACCUCGUGGCUAGUAUGACGCGGCCUUUUGUUUCGGCCAAUAGCCAUAUUGGAUAACUUUUAUUUUUUAGCCAACUCGUUGCACUCCGCGCUCACAGUUCGAGAAUUCAAGAUGUUCCUCCAUUACAGUAGGAUUUCCAACCGCAGUUUUACCAAUUUCAAUUUUUUCAAAAAUAUCUCCCGAAGAGAAGCCGGAAAAAAAUGAAAUCACACACAAUUCGAAAGCAGCACUUUCAGUUGGGCCCCACCUCCAAAUGUGCAGUGAAAUAGCAUUUUAUAAAAGCAUAAUCAUAGAGAACAACACAUGGGCGCGCUUAGAAAUGAAAUUUCUCUUCUCGUGUUGAACUCCAUAACUCAAUAGUGAGCGUAGCGAGCGAAUGAAAUGUCGAGUUGAACACGAGAAGAGAAAUUCCAUAUCUACAAGCAACCAUGUAUUAUUUUGUUCAUCAUAUAAACACAAUAGCACUCCACAUGGAAAAGUUGAAUUAAUCAAUGAAAAUAGAAGAAUCGACAAUCCCCGACUAAAAAUUGUAAAGUGUGUUGACACUUAGGCUCAAGAUGAAAAAUGCGUUAAAUCAUUACAAAAACAACCAUGGGCUUAAUUUGAAUAAACAAAAUUCUCAGUUACUGAAUUUGUCCUUAGCGAUAGAAGAAGUCUUUCAGGUACACAGCUAAAAGCGGCCGGUGGCAAAUAUUCCAUUUAUUAAUUUUCGUUCUCGGUCACGAGAAAUGUCGUUACCAAAGCUACCGAAUACGCAACUUUCAGUUUUUUCUACGUAUUUUGGUUUCUUACCCUUCUAUUAAAGUUUGAACGUCACUGUCGGUAAGCGGUGCGAAUUUUUCAGUGUUUAAGCAGCCAUAAUCGGAGAAAAUUCCAACAAAAAACCACGGCAGAUAUAGAAUGAUGAAGGCUUUGCUGCUCAUUCAUCAACCUGACCGAGUGGCGCGAGUGACGUGUCAGCAGCUGAUUGGCGAUAUCAAUCACAUGAUGUUGAAGGUUCGACUUGAUAGGCACACAAAUAUUUGCAUUCCAACUGUGUUUUUAAGUUUGAAACAUUGCCUCUUUCUUCCUCAUCACAGAUAAAUGAACUUAGUUUGAAAUUCAAACCUCUGCAUGUUUUUCUGGUUAAUUCAAAAGAGAGCAAUCUAUAUUUGUUGUGUCAUAUCAAAUCUGAUCUGUGGUUGCAUUUCUUUUUAUAUUUCAGAUUCCAUCAGCUUUUUCAAUUUAUCAUCAAAUUUAUCUCAUCAAAGUUUGCAAGCAACUAGAGGAGAACGCCGACGAGCUCAGCCAAAAUUUGCAUUUUAGCGUAAAGCAUAUCUUAGGUAUUACAGUUUUCUUUUGAGGGGCUCAACGGGGCAAUGGCUUUUACGGCUAACGGUUAAAAUUUUGGUCAAUUUACGGCUAACGGUAAACCCAUUUCCAUUGUUUCCACCAAAAUAUCUUUUUACGAUUAACUUUUUUUACGACCAGCUGUUAAAAAUUGUCAGUUUUUACGCCUAACGGCUAAAUUUUAAGGCUGUGUUACGGCGAACUGUUAACCCCAUUGAGACCUCACUUUUGCCUUGUUCCGUAAAAUCUUUUUGAAAGAGCACGUGGUUAGUUAGGACGAAAAUAUUUUCAUUUGUGAGAGUAGACGGGGAAUUGCAUAUAUGUAUAUAUAUAUGUAUAUAUAUAUAUAUAUAUAUAUAUAUAAUAUAUUUUAUAAAUAUAUAUUUAUUUAUAUAUAUAUAUUUUUUUAUUUUAGUGACUCUGAUAUGUAUUUUACGUUGGUUUGUGAUCUUGUGUGAAAAUGAAAGUUUAACUAAUAUUUUUAAAAAUGUUAAAAUCUUUUUCCGCAAAACGAAUGGUCCCAGUCAGACAGGGUUCUCUCUCAUUUUCUGAUUAUCUUUUGACUGAUUCAUUGACUGAUUUACUUCUUUUUAAUGAUCAUCUUUAAAAUAAAGCGAUCGUCUGGUUGGCUUAUGUUUUCUUCACAUUUGAAGUCAUCUCACUGUUGGUGACCCUGUUGCUUCUGGGAUCCUGUUGCUCAGUAAGUCCAACACUCUUAUUCUAGGCACGUGAUUGAGCUUAGCGUGUAACUGAAAAGAAUUUGAGCAGAUAAAAGAUUAUGAUAAAAUUUGUCUCAGGGGUACACAAGAAUUCUUCUUUAAGAAUUUAACACUAGUCGGUAGAUUAUGCAACGAAAACGGCUUUUCUAAAUCUUAAUUUCAUUAAUUAAGGUUUUGUUUCUCUGAAUACAUUUUUCACGUUCGUUUGUUUUUCUUACAUUUUCAUGCAUUAGGUAAACGAUGGUCACUAUUUGGCGCAGAAAUAUGCACGGAUACUUGUCAGUAAACAUGAUCUCUUCCGAGAGGGAAACCGUGAGCCCCGAGGGACAGAUAAUUCCAAGGACAAAUAUACGAGCAUAUUUUGGCGCUGAACGGAGGCUGUUGUGUUUAUUAUCAUUAAAAUAUUUUUUGCAACUUUCAACGCACGGAAAAUGUUAACGAACAUAUUGCUGUUUGCUGCGUGGAAUGUGUAAUUUUCGGUGCUCUUUGGUACGACUUUGUGAAAAAACAAACCUCUCCUCUUGCAGCAAUACCUAAACGCUAUUUCAUCUUGAAUUCAAUUAUGAAUAAACGCUUUCAUAGUCCUACAUGUAUGGUCUGAAAAAAUGGGGAGUAUCACGAUCAUGCGAUGCAUUUAGACCAAUCGCGCGUCAGAAAAGCUUUGAUAGAAGUGACUGUAUUGGAAUGAUUAUCUCACCUUAACUCGACACGUUAAAUACAAAAAAUGGAAAAUGUUUUAAUCACUACAGAACACUAAUCGUCCAACUUGCGGCUUUCGCUUUAAAUUCAGUCGCCUAUUUUUCUUUUUACUCGCCAUGGCGACCCAAUCAGUAGCAGCUUAGAGCGUUGGCUUUUUAUUUGAUUAUUUGUUAGUUUACUGAUCAUCUUUGUUUUUCGUCGCAGGGUGACAAGCGUUUGGCAUUUCCUUGGCUUGGGUGGAGCAUCUUCAAGCUCUUUUUCACUUUUGGAGUGAUGAUGUUUUAUAUUGCUGUCUGGAAUAGGGUAAAUUGAAACAACCCUUUUCAUUUUUUUUCUAUAAAAUACUAGUGGAGAGUUUUUCAACGAAUUUAAAAUGAAUUCUGUUUCUUUUUAUGUUACAGUUUCCCGUCUUUGUAAUUGCUUACAUCAGUGCAUGUUUGCUGUGGGUAUGUUCUGUUUCAGUCUUAGAUCAACUUCUAUUUAGAGUGGAAAGAAUUCGAGAUUGCAUUGCACUGGGUCUGACCUCAUUGCCCUUUUUUGUUUUUUUGUUUUUUUUUUCCUAAGAUCUACUUCAUCAUGGUGGUGUAUUCGUACAUCAACGCCCUUCGUGAAGAUCCUUCGGGAACGAGUGCGGGAUUUUCUCCCUCUCUACCAGGCGGUAACAAAACCCCA